AGUGAUAAGAAGUUCGUGAAUUAGAAAUUGGUCACUUCGCAAUCGUUCGUAAUAAGUAUAACAAAAGAAGAAAAUAUUAAAAAUUGAGAAUCUUAGAGUUUAUUAAUUAUACAUAAUUAAACUAGUAUGUUCACUCUAGGAUUUGCUAUACCAUCACAGGUAGCUGCUGCGUUUCCACUUAGAGUAACUGUCCAAAGACCAAAAGUACACUUAAAUCAACAAAUAAAAAAUGAUCAGAGAUCAAUAGAAGAAACAUUAUUGCCAGAAUAUUUAAAAUCAAUUGUUGAAAAUAUUCCUGAAGAAAAUUUAGAACAAUGUUUGAAGCUAUAUCCUACAAGUACACAUAAUUACAAUUUUAGAAAAAAAAAUUUUGCAAAUAUUUUACAAAAAAUUUUAAACAAAAAAUUUGGUUCCAAUUGCAUUUAUACAGUAGACACAAAUACUAAUUUUCUAAUUGUGUCAAGUAAACAUGAUUCAACUGCCAAAUGCUUUUUGUAUCAACCUAGACCGUAUUUUGCAGAUACUCAAAUCAGAGGGUUUAAGACUGAACGUAUUAUUGAAAAAUUAAAAAAUGAAUCUUUAAGUCACCGUCUUAAAACUUGGGUUAAAAAUACAGAAAAAGAAAAUAUAAAUGAAUUAUUUCGUAAUGUUGAUUUAAAAGAAGAAUGGAGUGGUAUAUUAUCAAAGUCAAAAAAAAUGAGUUCAGAAGAACUUGCUCGUAUUAAGUUAUCCUUUGCAGAAGGUUAUUUAUUGGGAGCUGAAAAGAAAUCUGAAUCAGCCACAACAAAAAGUCAGAAGUUCUGGAAAAUGUUCAUGUCCUUAGUUGUGUUUGUAGUUACUGUAACUUGUGUUGUCUCACUUUUCAUGGCAUUAACUGGGUCCAUAUUUAAGAUAAAUAUUACAAGUCAAUCAGAAGUAAAUUCAGAACAAAUAUCAAUUACUUUCAAUGAUAUUAAAGGGGUCGAUGAAGCCAAACAAGAACUUACAGAUAUUGUUGAAUUUCUUAAAAAUCCUGAAAAAUUUUCUGUUCUUGGAGGAAAACUUCCAAAAGGAGUUCUUUUGGUUGGACCACCAGGAACUGGUAAAACAUUGUUAGCCCGGGCUGUUGCAGGUGAAGCUGGAGUUCCAUUUUUUCAUGCUGCAGGUUCAGAAUUUGAUGAAGUUUUAGUUGGUCAAGGUGCUAGACGAGUCCGUGAUCUAUUUAAAGCAGCAAAAGAGCGAUCACCUUGUGUUGUAUUCAUUGAUGAAAUAGAUUCAAUUGGUUCUAAAAGAACUAAUUCCGUAUUUCAUCCUUAUGCUAAUCAAACUAUAAAUCAACUUCUUACAGAAAUGGAUGGUUUUCACCAAAAUCAUAAUAUUGUGGUCCUUGGAGCUACUAACAGACGUGAUGAUUUAGAUCGAGCAUUAUUACGCCCAGGACGAUUUGAUAUUGAAGUAGAUGUACCUAUUCCAGAUUACAGUGGUCGUAAACAAAUACUGGAACUUUAUUUGAAAAAAAUUAACUGUCAAGAUAUUGAUAUAGAUUUGUUAGCUAGAGGAUCAACUGGAUUCACGGGUGCUGAUCUUGAAAACAUGGUUAAUCAAGCAGCUGUAAAAGCUGCCAGUGAAGGGGCUAAAACAGUUUCCAUGAAACAUUUAGAAGUAGCCAGAGAUAAAAUAUUGAUGGGUCCUGAAAAAAAAACUAAAAUUCCAGACGAUGAAGCCAAUAAAAUAACAGCAUAUCAUGAAGGUGGUCAUGCAAUUGUAGCUUAUUAUACCAAAGAUUCUCAUCCUUUACAUAAAGUUACCAUAAUGCCAAGAGGAUCGUCACUUGGCCAUACAGCAUAUAUUCCUGCUAAAGAGGAAUACCACAUAACAAAAUCUAGAAUGUUGGCUAUUAUGGAUACUAUGAUGGGAGGGCGUGCUGCUGAAGAAUUAAUAUUUGGUGCUGAUAAAGUUACUACUGGAGCAUCAAAUGAUUUAAAGCAAGCAACAAAUAUAGCCACUAGAAUGGUAAAAGAAUUAGGUAUGUCUGAAAAAGUAGGUUUACGAACACAUGAUUCUCAUUCUAAUGAAUUAAUGAGUCGUGGUGAUUUAAGUCCAUCAACAAAUGAAAUAAUUGAUCAGGAAAUUAAGAGAAUUAUGCAGGAAUCAUAUGAUCGUGCUAAAAAUAUACUAAUUGCUCAUCAAAAAGAGCAUAAACAAUUAGCUGAAGCACUAUUACAAUAUGAAACUUUAGAUGCUGAUGACAUAAAAGCACUCUUAAACAAGUCCCGAUAAUAGUAAACCUAUUUUUUUUUUUUUUAUAUGAUUAUUUUUUAAACAAAUUUUUAUAUUUUUCUUAUGUUAUAAAAUUCGUUAUUAAGAAAAUAGUAAAGUUUGAUGUAUCUCAUCUAAUACGGAUAUAUCUUUAAAUUAAUACCUAAGGUAUUUUUUAAAAUUGUAAUAUAAAAUAUGAAUUUCUUUUCUUUUGAUGCGUUGUAACUCAAUAAAUGAUUUAUUUUUGGUUACAAAUCAUGUAAAAAAAAAUUUUUUUUAGUGAUGUUAAAAUUGACUUGGA